GGAUAGCCUGUCUCUCAUUGGUUAGGGGGCUUGGAAAAAAGAGACUCGGCGAGCCCUCCGCUGUGGUGCUGCCGCCGCCGCCGCUGGAGUUGACUCUUCUGCUCGCACUGCUGCUGCAGCACAAACGUGACUUCCAACAUUUUAAAUCUUAUCUUUCCUUUUUCUUUUUCCAAGAUGUAACUACAGAUCAGACACUAAGGACCUUCACGUUUCGCUGAUGUAGUUUUUGGAAGAAAAAAGGGGGGGAGUGAAGGGCGUCGGUUUUUUUUUUCUUCUUUUUUUUUUUGUGUGUCUGUGUUGUGUGUUUCGGGGGAAAUUUUCCAUUAUGAGUGUUUUACAAAAGUGAAUUUUUCUUGUUUGCUUCGUUCGUCUUUGGCUCUUUAUUUUUUUUCUUUUAUCCUUCUCAAUUUCGGAUUUAUUUCAAGGCGAAUCUGGCUUUGGGGGAAGAGGAAGAAAAGUCGGAUUACAAGAUCAACCACCACCAACAAUAAAAACCACCAGGAUAUUUUUUUUUUUGCAAAUUUCUGACGGCUUUAAAUUCAUGAAGCAAUUGUCCCCUUUUGCAAUCACCAUUUGGAUCUCAGAAUGAGCAAGGAAAGACCCAAGAGGAAUAUCAUCCAGAAGAAAUACGAUGACAGCGAUGGGAUCCCGUGGUCAGAAGAGAGAGUGGUACGGAAAGUCCUUUAUUUGUCUCUGAAGGAAUUCAAGAAUGCACAGAAAAGGCAGCAUGGGGAAGGCAUUGCUGGGAGCCUGAAAUCAGUGAAUGGGCUCCUUGGUAAUGACCAGUCUAAGGCGUUAGGACCAGCGUCAGAGCAGUCAGAGAAUGAGAAGGACGAUGCAUCCCAAGUGUCCUCUACUAGCAACGAUGUUAGUUCUUCAGAUUUUGAAGAAGGGCCGUCGAGGAAAAGGCCCAGGCUGCAAGCACAAAGGAAGUUUGCUCAAUCUCAGCCGAACAGUCCCAGCACAACUCCAGUGAAGACAGUGGAGCCUUUGCUACCCCCGCCAGCUACUCAAAUUUCUGACCUCUCUAAAAGGAAGCCUAAGACAGAAGACUUUCUUACCUUUCUCUGCCUUCGAGGUUCUCCUGCGCUGCCCAGCAGUAUGGUAUAUUUUGGGAGCUCUCAGGAUGAGGAGGAUGUCGAAGAGGAAGAUGACGAGACAGAAGAUGUCAAAACAGCCAACAACAAUGCUUCAUCUUCGUGCCAGUCCACCCCCAGGAAAGGAAAAACCCAUAAGCAUGUACACAAUGGACAUGUCUUCAAUGGCUCCAACAGGUCAACACGGGAGAAAGAACCCGCUCAAAAACACAAAAGCAAAGAGACCACUCCAGCAAAGGAGAAGCACAUCGACCACAGGGCAGAUAGCCGAAGGGAGCCGGCUUCAGUGGCCCAGCCCACAGCCACCCCCUCUGCAGGCUCCUUGGCCAAGGGGCUUCCUGCCAACCACCAACCUCCCCCUCCGCAUCGGUCGGCUCAGGACUUACGGAAACAGGUAACCCUCCAUGUGUCUAAGGUAAAUGGAGUCACUCGAAUGUCAUCUCUGGGUGCAGGUACAACCAGUGCCAAAAAGAUCCGAGAAGUCAGACCUUCACCAUCCAAAACUGUGAAGUACACUGCCACAGUGACCAAGGGGACUGUCACAUACACCAAAGCCAAGAGAGAACUGGUCAAGGAAACCAAACCCACCCACCACAAGCCCAGUUCAGCUGUCAACCAUACAAUCUCAGGGAAAACUGAAAGUAGCAAUGCAAAAACCCGCAAACAGGUGCUAUCCCUCGGGGGGGCGUCCACGUCCACCGGGCCCGCUGCCAGUGGCCUCAAGGCCAGCAGCAGGUUGAACCCAAAGUCAUGCACUAAGGAGGUGGGGGGGCGGCAGCUGAGGGAGGGGCUGCGGAAUUCCAAGAGGAGACUGGAAGAGGCACAGCAGGUGGAUAAGCCGCAGUCACCCCCCAAGAAGAUGAAAGGGGCAGCAGGCAUUGCCGAAGCCCCUGGCAAAAAGGCCUCAGCGGCUUCAGCAGAGAAGUCUCUGCUGAAUGGACACGUGAAGAAAGAAGUGCCCGAGCGAAGUUUGGAAAGGAAUCGGCCGAAGCGGGCCACGGCUGGUAAGAACAUGCCGGGCAAACAAGCACAUGGCAAGGCAGAGGGCACCCCCUGUGAAAAUCGUUCUACCUCGCAACCCGAGUCCUCGCACAAGCCGCAUGAUCCGCAGGGCAAGCCAGAGAAGGGGAUCGGCAAGUCUGGGUGGACAGCGAUGGACGAGAUCCCUGUCCUCAGGCCCUCCGCCAAGGAAUUCCAUGACCCUCUCAUCUACAUUGAGUCAGUACGUGCUCAGGUGGAGAAGUACGGGAUGUGUCGUGUGAUUCCCCCUCCGGACUGGCGGCCAGAGUGCAAGCUCAACGAUGAGAUGCGCUUUGUCACGCAGAUCCAGCACAUCCAUAAGCUGGGCCGGCGCUGGGGCCCCAAUGUACAGCGGCUAGCCUGCAUAAAAAAGCACCUCAGAUCUCAGGGCAUCACUAUGGAUGAACUCCCCCUCAUAGGAGGCUGUGAGCUUGACCUGGCCUGCUUUUUCCGGCUGAUUAAUGAGAUGGGCGGCAUGCAGCAAGUGACUGACCUCAAAAAAUGGAACAAACUAGCAGACAUGCUGCGCAUUCCUAAAACUGCCCAGGAUCGGCUGGCCAAGCUGCAGGAGGCCUACUGCCAGUACCUGCUCUCCUAUGACUCCUUGUCCCCUGAGGAGCACCGACGGCUGGAGAAGGAGGUGCUGAUGGAGAAGGAGAUCCUAGAGAAGCGUAAAGGGCCGUUAGAGGGGCACACAGAAAAUGACCAUCACAAGUUCCACUCCCUGCCUCGCUUUGAGCCCAAAAAUGGGCUCAUCCAUGGUGUUACACCCAGGAAUGGCUUCCGUAGCAAGCUCAAGGAGGUGGGCCAGGCCCCACUCAAGACAGGCCGGCGGCGAUUGUUCGCUCAGGAAAAAGAAGUGGUCAAAGAGGAGGAAGAGGACAAAGGUGUCCUCAAUGACUUCCACAAGUGCAUCUAUAAGGGAAGAUCUGUUUCUCUAACAACUUUUUAUCGAACAGCAAGAAACAUCAUGAACAUGUGUUUCAGCAAGGAGCCUGCACCAGCAGAGAUCGAGCAGGAGUACUGGAGGUUAGUGGAAGAGAAGGACUGUCAUGUGGCAGUCCACUGCGGAAAGGUGGACACUAAUACUCAUGGCAGCGGGUUCCCGGUGGGAAAAUCAGAGCCCUUUUCAAGGCAUGGAUGGAACCUCACCGUCCUCCCCAAUAACACAGGGUCCAUCCUUCGUCACCUUGGUGCUGUGCCUGGAGUGACUAUUCCCUGGCUAAAUAUUGGCAUGGUCUUUUCUACCUCAUGCUGGUCUCGAGACCAAAAUCACCUUCCAUAUAUUGACUACUUACACACUGGUGCUGACUGCAUUUGGUAUUGCAUUCCUGCUGAAGAGGAGAACAAGCUGGAGGACGUGGUCCACACCCUGCUGCAGGCCAAUGGUACCCCAGGGCUGCAGAUGCUGGAGAGCAACGUCAUGAUCUCCCCAGAGGUGCUGUGUAAAGAGGGGAUCAAGGUCCACAGGACUGUACAGCAGAGUGGGCAGUUUGUUGUCUGCUUCCCGGGGUCCUUUGUGUCCAAAGUAUGUUGUGGCUACAGCGUCUCAGAAACAGUGCACUUUGCUACCACCCAGUGGACCAGUAUGGGCUUCGAGACUGCCAAGGAGAUGAAGCGCCGCCAUAUAGCUAAGCCAUUCUCCAUGGAGAAGUUGCUCUACCAGAUUGCACAAGCAGAAGCAAAAAAGGAAAAUGGUCCCACCCUCAGUACCAUCUCAGCCCUUCUGGACGAGCUCAGGGAUACGGAGCUGCGGCAGCGCAGGCAGCUGUUUGAGGCUGGCCUUCACUCUUCCGCCCGCUAUGGCAGCCAUGAUGGCAACAGCACGGUGGCGGAUGGGAAGAAAAAGCCUCGAAAGUGGCUGCAGCUGGAAACGUCAGAGAGGAGGUGCCAGAUCUGCCAGCAUUUGUGCUACCUGUCCAUGGUGGUACAGGAGAACGAGAAUGUUGUCUUCUGUCUGGAGUGUGCACUGCGCCAUGUGGAGAAACAGAAGUCUUGCCGUGGGCUGAAGCUGAUGUACCGCUACGAUGAGGAGCAGAUCAUCAGUUUGGUCAACCAGAUAUGUGGCAAAGUGUCUGGCAAACACGGCGGCAUUGAGAACUGUCUCAACAAACCCACACCAAAAAGAGGCCCCCGCAAGAGAGCGACCGUGGACGUGCCGCCAUCUCGGCUGCCAUCCUCCUGAAGAUGCCGUACCCACGGUCACUUAUAUAUUUUUUGUAAUUACUAUAUUCUAGUUUGGAGUACUUGCUGUAGGAUACAAGCUGUCUUUGCACUAGCUCUAACGAAGAAUUUCUUCUGGUUUUAGAGAACUGAUUUUGUUUUAGCAUUAAACUGUUGACGUUUUUGUACGUAGAUAUCUAGAUACUGCAGUCAGGUUUGGAAGCUGCCGUACACUCACUGUUCAAAACCUUUGAGGGGCUGUAUUAAUUUGUAUUGCCCCCACGGCUGACAAAAGCCUUGUUUUUGUUUUGUUUUGUUUUUUUGUUUGUUUUUGUUUUGUUUGGUAACUGUUGGAGAAUAAAGGCUUUUUAACCCAUUUUUGAAGAGGGUGAAGUUUGGAGAACAAAUUUGAAAACCAUCAGUCACAUGAGCAGAUUUUUAUAGAUUGGGAAAGGGAUAGAAGACACACACACACACACACACACACACACACACACACACACACACACACAGAAAAAAGAAACUUGAAUGGCUUUACUUCGGCUGUCUUUUCUUCUGUCUUGUGCAAGGGGAGUUUGUAACUUUUGGAACCGGAGCGCCUCGUUUGUGUAGCUGGGCGGUUAUGGCAGCUGAAGGCAAAUGUGAGGUUUGAGUGACUGUUCUCAUACCAGCACAUCACUAUGCAUCCGUUCGAGGAGGAGAGAGGACGAAGACAAAGACUGCCUGCCUUGGAGGGUCACUGAGGGAGACCUGUGCCUGAUUUCAUUAGGAAAUCCAUUCUGUUAUUUUUUGGUGCUGUUGGCUACUUUAUCAAAUAAAUAAAUAAAUUAAAAAAUAAAACCACAAAGUCAGCGAACCCUUGAUAGCAGCAUCCUUGAGGAAAAGGAAACCUGUAGUUGACUGUCAGUGCUUCCCGCCGCCGCCGUCGUCAGUGCGGUCUCCUGACACUCCACCUCUGCUUGUCCACUCACUCACACAUCAGCAUUACCCUGCGUGGGACCACACUAGAGCCACUAAGUCCGCAGUUCUUCCCAAUGUGAACCACAUCUGUGCUCAUCUUGUCUGUUUUUUCUCUUCAUGUUUUAACAAAAAAGAAAAAAAAAAGAAUCCUUUGUACAUACUCCUGUAAAUUGUUUUAAAUACUUGAGCCUUUUCUUGGUGGGGGGAGGGGAGGGGUGAGAAAAGAUGAAGAAAAGCCUUACAUUUCAGUUUCUUCAUCGGCUGGAUUGGAUGCUUACAGGGUUUUUCUUGUAACAUUUCUAAGUGCUGCUUACAUCACUCAACAACAACAAAACAUGGUAAUGGAGUAGCUGUUGCCCUUCUCCGGUUGUGUGUACAGUAUGUGUGGAAUAAAAAAGGGAAACUGUUUUCACAAGCUGUUCUUUGUUUCAUAAUUGGAUCAGUCCGUAGCUACCCAUAUUGCACUGAGCUUGCCAGUGGUGACUGCCAGGAACGUCCUAGGAUCCACGGUGGUGGUUGUUGUUGCCGAAGACUGAACUGUUUUGGAAUAUUUAACGGUUACAUAACAGUCGAGUGUUUUCCCAUGUGGUUGUCCAGUUUCUAUGGCCUUGCUGUGUACUUUUCCCUCUUUUUGACAGUAAACUCGCCUAUGGCUUACAGUUUGACAUUUAAUUUAUUAGCGCUGCUCUGCACCCCUCCUCACGAGGGAGGACUUCGUGUGGUUUAUUGCCAGUUUUUGUUUACUUUUCAGGUUUGUACUACAAGGUUUAAUAAUAAAAACGAGUUUUUUGGA